AUGGAUAUUCCCAUCUCCAAGAAGCUCACCCUCUCUUGUUCACGGUGUCGCGCCUCCAAAUUAAAAUGCGACCGUAAGGAACCUUGUUUGGAAUGCGUGAAGCGCGACUGCGCCCACCUAUGUACCAAAGAUGAACGGCAACCGAGAGCCAAGCGGACCAAAAUCAAACCUACAGAACAGAACCAUAGUCAGGUGACGCCGGAAGAAGAGGAAGAACCGGGGGUCGAAGAAACAGCGCAGAUCUUGGAGCAUUUCGUGGAUGUCAUUCCUCUCCCCACCGAAUCAGCGGGCGUGGCCCCUGACAUCCCCAAUCGAUACUGGGUGACCCAGGAUCCACAGAGGCAUGAGCAAAAACUUGCCUUGAUCGGAGAUGUGGUUCACGCCCUGCCAGAAUGGGAUAUCAUCCAACUCCUCUACGAGAUCUUUGUUACACGUUGUCAGGGACCACUGGGAAAUGUGGUGCACACCCCGAGCUUCAUGAAGCAAGCUGACCAAUUGCGCCACUGCUUGAGUAUGGCUUCCCCCGACGCAGCCAUCGCCAGUACGCUAUCCAUGGACUCUCUUGCUGGUUUGCUUCUCGCGCUUGUGCUCGGACUCGCCUUCCAUCCAACCCCGUCCCUUCUGGGUGUCCAGCCCACCCUGUUGACCUUUCGCGUAGAGCAGCUGCGCGCCUCCGAUGAGCCUGCAGCGACGUGGCGGUCGAUUGGCGCGGCUAUCAUGCUCCUGUUGGAUACAAAAGAGACCUCGCUGGGGCUUGAUGCCGUAUUAGUAACGGCCAUUGCGGGUGCGCGCAAACUUGGAUUGCAUCGCUUAGGCAAUGCCACUUUGGAUGCCACGCCUUCCUUACAUUAUGGCUCUGUGGCCGCUGAGCCACCUCAAAUUCGCACCGAGAUUGCGAUUCGCAUUUGGUGGACUCUUGUCAUGAGAGACUGGUCCCGUAGUCAAGCUCUUGGCUACUAUACUAUCCGCCCCUCACAAUUUAAUACCCGGAUGCCAUUGCACCUCAAUGACGACGAUCUGCUCAGGACACAUGGCAAGAUUCCCGAGCGCCCUCGGUCUGAGUUUACCAUGCUCUCCUAUACGGUACACGCUUUGGAACUGUCUAUUAUUGUGCGGGAAUUAAUUGAUCUCGGGGACGCCGCAAACGAAGUUGCCCAGCGGCGUCAGCACCUAAAUCAAAAGUACGAAAAAUAUGUGGCGAGUUUGCCGUUUUACUUUAGAUUGGGAAGCUCUGUCGGACUCACAGCCAUGGGUCCCAUGGCCGCCAUCCCAGUCCAGCGAUUCAUGUUACAUCAACAGCUAUGGAGUCUACUCCUUCGCCUCCAUCGUGCUACUCUCUCCUCUCCCAUAGGACGGGCAUCCUGCCAGCAGCUGGCUCAUAAUAUUAUCAACACGCAAGCCCAGAUCCAAGCCCGCUGCACGGUUUGUGGCUCACUGUCCACCAACGAAACGCAACUCUUCAAUGCUACCGUUGUGUUGGUCUUGGCGCUGCUGUUUGAUUCCCCGUCAACCAAGGCUGAGCAGUCAAGUGCCCAACUCAGUCGGCUAAUGACGCGAGACCACAUUCGGGAAGCCAUUGAAUUGUUGCGUGCCAAAGUGUCACCUGACACAUCCUCCGGGGACGCUAUGCUCCAAGACCCGCUCCAAAGCACGAUGUCGCGCAGUGUUGUGGCCCUCGAGGCACUGAUGAAGUUGGAAGAGAAUUCAGAUGACGGUGCCAACCGCCAUGCGGGAUCGAAUCAGAAGCGUUCCCUCUACCGCCAGGUGGUGGAGAUUCUGAAGACCUUGAAUGGUCCAACCACUUCCGCUGAUUCACCCGUUUCAAGAAUAUCAACUCCUGGGGACACCACUUUGACUCUCUCCAUGCCUGUCACGGACGGCUUCCGCGAUCUAGAUGUAAUGCCCAUUCUCUCCAAUGGCCUGAGUCCUAGUAUGUGGGACUUCUUGGACUUCCAGCUACCGGAAGAUGUAGGAAAGGAGAAGUUCUUGCCUAUGGCCGGAGACGUUUACGGGCCUACGGGAUCUACCGACGCAUUGUAUCCAAGCCAAAGCAGUAGCCUCUCGGGGACGCGCUUGACCCAUGAAUCCCCGUCGUCUCUAGGAAUUGAACCCACGUUGGAACACUGUGACGAUCCCUUAUAG